UCCAGUGUCCCCCCCGCCGCCCCCGAGCGGGAAUCUGAAGCCCGGGGUCUCCAGGGGUGCCCGCCCUCCCCGCAGGCGCUCUCAGGGACAGAGAAGGCAGUGGUCCAGCCUUCCGAGCGGUAACACCUAGCGCUGUCGACUGGGCGGCGCCCGGGGACCCGGUGCUCUGGGACCGACAGAUACCGCGCGGUUGGAGACCCUUAGGGGCUGCGAACUAUGACGGCGCCCCUCCCCCUCCCGCAGGUCCUAGGUGGGCCAAGCGAGGCUCCAGGAGGCUUCCGAGUGUCCUUACGGAAACGGAAGGGCUUGAUUGGGUUUUCUGGGACACCCGAAGUCCUAAUUCCCCAGCAGACAGAUCAUACUCGCGGGGAGAACGCUGAUCAGCGCUGUCAGACUGGAGGCGAGCAGAGACCGGGCGCAGGGAAAACCCUCGCGGCCCCUUUAAGGCAAGCAGAGGCGGUCACAUUUUUUUCUCCCACUCUCCUUGGGCUGUUAGAAAACGUGGAUGAGCGGAUUUCCGUGGAGCUGGAAGAUGUAGUGGCAUAUGUUGAAGUCUGGUCGGUGAAUGGGACAGAAAAUUAUUCCAAGACAUUUACAGACCAACUUGUGGAUAUGGGGGCAAAGGUUUCAAAAACUUUUAACAAACAAGUAACUCACGUUGUGUUCAAAGACGGAUACCAGAGCACUUGGGACAAAGCACAGAAGAGAGGUGUGAAGCUCGUUUCAGUGCUCUGGGUCGAAAAGUCAGAUCGCCAAAUGUAGUUGACACUUGGAAAAAAAAAAGGAUUUGAACUGCGGAGGUCCACUUCUAUAUGGAUUGUUUUUCAAUAAGAACAUUGGAAAAUUUUUUAGAGAUGUGUGACAACAUGAAAAAAACUUACAGAUAAACUGUGCAGCCUUGAAAUAU